AUGAGUGGGAAGAACGAUGCGGCGAAGACAAGCAAAAUAGCGGUGUGGUGGGACAUGAAGGACUGUCCGGUUCCAGAGGGUAUUGAUGCUCUUCGUGUCCGUCCGAGCAUAGAAGGGGGGUUCAAGGAACAAGGCUACUCUGGUCCUGUCUCCAUAGCUGCCUAUGGAGACCACAAACAACCUGAACACCUCCUACGAGCUCUCUCUUCCACUGGAGUCGCGGUGGUACAUAUCAGAUCUGAAAGCACGUGCGCAGUCAUGUACCUUGAUACGGUGAAAUGGCGAGAGGAUAAUCCUCCUCCGGCUACAAUGAUGAUCAUAACCAAUCAGAUGCUAGAUGUCUUCCAAUGGGAUCUGGCCCGGCUACAACAACGCACGAGUUACGACAUUUUUCUGGCUUAUUCAAUUAAGCCUGUCGCAGAAUUGUUCGUGGAGACUCGGAAAGAGUGGCUCUGGGAAAAAUUACUACAUGGGACGACGUCGACAAGCGUAGACACGGCGGGUGAAUUAUCUACCGUGUUUCAUUGCGAAUCUUGCUCUUUGGAUUGCCAAAGCGUGAAGAGUUUCAAAAAGCAUCUCUCCACUAAAAAGCAUGCAAUAGAAGAGGUGUUAAACCCUCAGCCUACACAACUUAUAUCUGUAACGAAGAGGUGGGGGAAGAACUAUGCUGCGACGCCUGAAUAUGCGACAGCUAAAAUCCAUGUGUGUUGGGACAUGUCUGAGUGUCCUAUUCCCGACGGUUAUGAUGCUCGUCGGGUCCGUCCCAGUUUGGAAGGAGCUUUCAAGGAACUAGGCUACUCUGGUCCUGUCUCCAUCACUGCCUUUGGUGACCAUAAACAAACCCCUGAACGCCACCUUCAUGCCCUCUCUUCCACUGGAAUCGAUGUUGCACAUGCCAUUCCGGAAUUCAUAUACGGUCGCAUGUUUGAUGAUUUGAAGCGAUGGCGAGAUAACAAUCCUACUCCGACUACAAUGAUGAUCAUAUCGGAUGGCGCUGAAUAUGCCUUUGGAGAUAGUCUUGCCAGGCUAAAACAACUAAAAAAAUACAACCUGUUUUGGGCUUAUUCUUUUAGGCCUUGGAAAAUGUCAGUCAUGCUCACUUCUGCCGAGUGGCUCUGGGAUAAGCUUACUUGCAGUGGAAGUAGUGAAAGGGUUGUUGAGUCUACCAGAAUGUUUUAUUGCAAAAUGUGCUUCUCUAAGCGCAAACGCCUGGAUAAAUUCAUAAAGCAUCUCUCGAGUAAAAAACAUAUCUCCCUAGAGGAGGGUAUUACUGAGCAUGUUGAAGCUUCCGAGAAGCGGCGACUGUACUGGCUAAAGAAAGAAUGUUUUCCAGAGAGCAAGCGGUUGAGGAAAGCUGCCUAGUCGAGGUCGAAAAGUUGUGACUGAAGUGAUCAGAGUCUAAUCCUAUCCUAUCUUUAUUUUUCGUUUCCUAGUCUAUGUUUCGGUUUGAAGUAUUUAAAACAAUGGCUAUACCUAUAUGUAUUGUAGCAAUGGAUCUUGAUAGCUGCGUCUAGACUCCAGAA